UAAACCAACGUGGUGAAAUCUUCCGGUUAUCAUUGCUGUGGAAGAAAGUUGGCAUAUUUUGGCAAAUAUAUCGGUGGCUUUCUCAUCAAAAUCAUAAUUACCAGAUUCGCCACGUGAGGAUAUAAUAUUAAUUUAUCAGAAGGCGAAGAAAUGCCGAAGAAAGGCAAGAAAGGCAAAACGAAGGAUGACUGGCCGGAGGACGAAGCCGAACUGGCCGAGAAAAUGAACACAUUGUCCACCGGCGAAGACACGAAGAAGAAAAAGAAAAGUAAAAAACUCCAAUCUCUCAAAGAUGACAUUGAAGACGAUGAUGACGAUUUAAAACUUGUCGAAAGGCCCGAAAAGGAUGCUAAGAGUGCGGGUGAUGUCAAUGACUCGAAGUCGAAAAAGAGUGGAAAUAAUGAAGAGGACGACGAAGAUGAAAAGUCUGACGAGGAGAAGGAGUUUGAUGAGAUGUAUAAUAGUGACGUGGAGAAGGAGGAGGAGGCAAAAGAUGACACAGCUGCCACUGCUAAACUGAGCAAAAAAGAACUGAAAAAAUUGAAAAAACAGGAAGAAUAUAAGAAACAGCUAGAAAAUAUGGGAGACAAUGAGCAGUUCUCACUGUCCCAGGCAGAGUCAUCUGCCAAGGGAGCCAUCUUGGAAGGGCAAACUGAUAUUAAGGUUGAAAACUUUUCUAUCUCUGCUAGAGGUCAGGAACUUUUUGUGAAUGCAACGUUGAAUAUUGUUGCCAACAGAAGAUAUGGUCUUGUAGGACCUAAUGGACACGGUAAAACCACUUUGCUCAAACACAUAGCCAGCAGAGCUCUGAAGAUCCCACCCAAGAUUGAUGUCCUGCUUUGUGAACAGGAGGUGGUUGCUGAUGACACUCCAGCUAUCACUGCAGUGCUGAAUGCAGACAAGAAACGUCUGGCUUUGCUAGCAGAAGAGAAACAUUUGAUGAAUGCUUUGUCAGAGGGCUCCCAGGAAAUUAGGGACAAAUUGAAAGAGGUAUCUGAAGAAUUACAAGCCAUAGGAGCAGAUUCAGCUGAGCCUAGAGCAAGGAGAAUCCUGGCAGGUCUAGGGUUCACCAAGGAGAUGCAGGAAAGACCAACAAAACACUUUUCUGGAGGUUGGAGGAUGAGAGUCUCCUUAGCUAGGGCUUUGUUUUUGGAGCCAACAUUGCUACUUCUUGAUGAGCCCACAAAUCAUUUGGAUUUGAAUGCAGUCAUCUGGUUGGACAAUUAUCUUCAGAACUGGAAGAAGACACUUUUGGUGGUAUCUCAUGACCAGAGUUUCUUAGAUAACGUUUGCACUGACAUCAUCCACUUGGACCAGCAAAAGUUGUUCUAUUACAGAGGAAAUUAUGCAACUUUCAAGAAAAUGUUGGUCCAGAAGAGAAAAGAGCAGCUGAAAGAUUAUGAAAAACAGGAGAAGAGGUUGCGGGAAAUGAAAAGCUCAGGAAAAUCAACAAAGCAAGCUGAAAAGACUCAGAAAGAAGCUCUGACCAGGAAACAAGCCAAGAACAAGGCCAAGAUGACGACUAGUAUGCAAGAGGAGGAUAAGAAGACAGAGCUUCUCAAGAGACCUAAAGACUACACUGUGAAGUUUACCUUCCCCAACCCUCCCCCUCUUAAUCCUCCCAUACUUGGCUUGCAUGAUGUAACAUUUGGGUAUGACCCAGAGAAGCCAAUCUUUAAGGACCUAAACUUUGGAAUUGACUUGAGUUCUAGAAUCGCUAUUGUUGGUCCAAAUGGGGUGGGCAAAAGUACAUUUCUGAAACUUCUUGUAGGAACUUUAACACCACAACAAGGUGAAAUGAGAAAAAACCACAGGCUGAGGAUAGGUAAAUAUGACCAGCACUCUGGUGAACAGUUGAAUCUAGAGGAAACUCCAGUGGAGUACUUGAGGAGAUUAUUUAACUUAGAUUAUCAGGAGGCCAGGAAGACCCUGGGGAGGUUUGGUCUUGCUAGUCAUGCCCACGUUAUCAAGAUUAAGGAUCUGUCAGGAGGACAGAAAUCCAGGGUCGCCUUUGCCGAGCUCGUCUGUAGAGCUCCAGAUGUUGUCAUACUGGAUGAACCUACUAACAACUUAGAUCUGGAGUCCAUUGAUGCUUUGGCAGAUGCUAUGAAUGUGUAUGAAGGAGGUAUGGUGAUUGUGAGUCACGACGAGCGUCUGAUCAGAGAAACGGAAUGUCAGCUGUGGGUGGUCGAGGAUGGAAAUAUUUCUGAGAUCGAAGGAGACUUUGACGACUACAGAAAGGAAAUCCUAGAAGCUCUAGGCGAGGAAGUGAUGAAUGCAAAACCCAGGGAUGUUUAGCACAUGUGGAUAAGGAGAUUUUAUUUCUUUAUUUAUUUAUAAAAUUUAUUUAUUUUUUUGAUUGGGG